AUGCAGCGUCCAUGCAUUUCAUCGCAGGCGUUAUCAGAAAUUAAACUGGAGCGCGCAAGUGGCGAUGAUUUUUAUGGAAGUUCCCCAAUGCUUGGAACUGUUAUGGGUGCAGCUGGUUCUGUGGCAAGAAAAGGCGAACUUUUUGCUGCGUGGUGUUGCCUUCGAAUUGGCCCUGAAUUUGAAAUUUUCUGGGAGGCUGUUGAAUUUACGGCUGCUGCAAGUAAGGAAGGCAAGAGCACAGAUGUACCAUCGCGAUAUGAAGCCAGCAAUGAACAUCUGUGCAUGCAAGAAGUUCUGGAUAACAUGGGCGAUGGGAUUAAAGCGGGACAUCACUUGCUGGCACCAACACAUGACUCCGAUUAUUGGGCGUGGGCCUCAGCGAACUCUGUCUUCCAGUGCUGCAUCCGUUUCGAAGCAGCGCAAGUCCCAUGCCGAAUGUUGUGCACACCGAGUAAAGCGUUGUAUGCGGUGCUAGCGGCAAAGCCACAGUCUGAAUUCUGUUGA